AUACUUCCGAGACGGUGUUAUUGCGUUGUUUGUCACAAGGUAACAUACCUGAACCGGCAAAGUCUGCGCCUAAGAAGGGCUCGAAGAAGACCGUCACCAAAACCGCCGGCAAAGGAGAAAAGAAGUGCGAGAGGUGAUGGGGAUCAUGAAUUCUUUCGUCAAUGACAUCUUCGAGCGCAUCGCCGGUGAAGCUUCUCGUCUCGCUCACUACAAGCGCUCCACCAUCACAUCUAGAGAAAUCCAGACCGCCGUGCGUCUGCUGCUGCCCGGUGAGCUGGCCGAACACGCCGUGUCUGAGGGCACAAAAGCCGUGACUAAGUAUACCAGCUCCAAGUAAAACAUGAUUUGACUUGAGGUACCCCAAAGGCUGUUUUAAGAGCCACUCAUGUUUAUUUAAAGAGCUUCCUUUGUUUUUAAUGCGUUUUAUUAUGUGGGUUUAUAUCUAUCUAUCUAUCUUCUUUAUUUUUCCUUCAUCUUGGGCAAACAAAAAUUGGCACUACAAUGUGUAUAGACUUCACGUUCUUAGUAACGCCAAUUAUUUCUAAAAUACUGUUUUAAGACAGUGACAAGUUUUGUGCAAUUCGUGAGCAGUCUGUUAAAACAGUGUUUUAAAAAGUUUAACCAAGGGCUUGCCAAGGGUUAAGCAGUCUUGUGUUUGGAUUCAUCUUUGAUUAAUCUAUACUUUUAUGCAUUUGAAUUAAAAAAAAAAAAGAAUGAUUAUCUUAUAAGCUCUAAGACUAAUCUACAUUCUUAAACAUCAGUGUCAAAAAGUGUUGUAUAUGUUCUGUUUUUUUAAGGAUUUUUUAAAGCAGGGGCGUCGCUAGGGCUAAUCAGCUCGAAUGUUUUUUUGUUUUUUUUUGUAUAGUCCUAUGAUUUCCAUGGAAUUUGUCAAUUUGUAUUUAAACUCUUUAAAUACACUAAAAAGUACUACACCCACAAAGUAGGUUUUAUAUAUUUUAAAUAGUUGUAAUCUAGUUUAUUUUAUUUGUUUUAUACUAAAAAGUACCAUUAUACUUUAUCUUUACUUAAAAUAUCAGUUUUUAUAUAACUAUAUAUUUUAAAUAAAACUACUACAAUUUAUUUGGGUAGUUAUUUCUAUGUGGUUGUUGUGUUCAAGAAAUGUUAUAAAAGUGAGUUGACAUACACAUUUUUUUAGAGCUGCCGUCGAUGUGGCAGGUGUGUUCAUCAAAUGUAAAUAUUUUAAAAUUAUUGUACGUUUUUCAUUGGCGGGGACUUUCCCAGGCAGAUUCAGCAUCUUCCUCGGCACUUCAACUGUUUGUUCGCUGCAGCGGAUCUGAAUCACAGAGACUGAUCAACACGAUCUGUGAAGAGUUCCUGAGAAUCUGUGGCAGUGGAAAGGAGAGAAGUGGCCCUGAGAUGCCUUAUUGAGUAUAUUGGGGAGAGACUGGAAGACCUUAUCAGUGUCCAACACGACAGCCCGUGGUCAGAGGUGUGCCAAACCUGUCGAAAGCAUGAUGCCUUCUGUUUGGGCUUACCUAUGCCCUCGACCUCAAGUAUCCCUCAAAACUGGUGUAUACUUUUGAGAUAUAUCAGAGGCUCUUUGUGGGAUUGGAACCCAUGCGUCCUAAGCCAUCAUCCAAGCAUGCAAAUCUCCUGACCAAGUUGUCUUACAUGAUUUCUCAAUGGCAUCUGGCAUCGUUUGCCAUCAUUUGAAAAAAUGCAAUCACUUUGGUAGGAGAAUCACUUGCAGAGGCUCUCAGACGCUUUGUGGAGCUGAGUAUUGAGUCUACACGGUUCUCAUGUGGUAGUUAAGUUCCGCAGCACCGCCCAGCGCUUCAUUACAUCCAGAUUGUUGACGUGUGAUACGUAUCCGCUCCGAGACAUGGCUGAAACUGCUCCAGCUGCCGCCGCUCCUCUGGCUAAAGCUCCCAAAAAGAAGUCGGCGUCUAAACCCAAGAAAACGGGCCCGAACGCCAGGGACCUCAUCGUCAAGACCGUGACCGCCUCCAAGGAGAGAAGCGGCGUGUCCCUUGCCAUCCUGAAGAAGGCUCUUUCUGCGGGUGGUUACGAUGUGGAGAAGAACAACUCCUGCAUCAAGCUUGCCGUCAAAAGUUUGGUAGCCAGUGGCACCCUGGUCCAGACGAAAGGCACUGGCGCCUCCGGUUCCUUCAAGCUCAACAAGAAGCAAGCCGAAACCAAGAAGAAACCAGCUAAGAAGACCCCCGCGAAAGCAAAAAAGUCUGCUGCCAAGAAACCCACCGCUAAGAAAUCCCCCAAGAAGGUAAAGAAACCGGCAGCCUCCGCUGCAAAAAGGGUGACAAAGAGCCCCAAAAAGGCGAAAAAGCCUGCAGUUGCUAAGAAACCAACCAAGAGCCCCAAAAAGGCAAAGCCAGCAGCCGCUAAGAAAGCAGCCAAGAGCCCCAAAAAGGCAAAGGCAGCCAAACCCAAAACAGUGAAGCCUAAGGCAGCCAAACCUUAAAAGGCGGCUCCCAAAAAGAAAUAAAUGUGUAUGUUUCUUCCCAAAACAAAACAGCUCUUUUAAGAGCCACCCACUUGCUACAGUUAAAGAGCAACAUUUUAGUGAUCUUAGUUUAAUGCUUUUUUUUUAGGAGUAAAUGUUUCUAUCUCAGUAGUAGCACAGUGCAGUAUGUUGAUGUCUGUUGAUAACACUGUCUUCACAUCUGCAUUCUGA